AGCGAAUCGGAACCUGUAGGGAAGGCGUGUGCCGGUGACUGCCGUUGGCGUUGGCUUCUCAGUCUCGCUCGGCUGGAGAAGAGAAGUGGGAAUAUGAUUGAAUAAAAUAAAGGGGAAAAAAACGCAGUGAGAAGUACUUUUGUUCUUUAAGAGCGCAAUUACUUGUCCAUUUACACUUUUUGAGGAGGAAGGGGAAGACUAAGACGAUGCAUAAGUUGGAGGAGGAGGAGGAAAGGGUUGUUUUCAAUUACCUCUCUGGUUUUUUCUUCCUUUUUCCAGAGAGAGUUUUUGGGUUUGUUGAUUGUUGAUGUACUUUUGGUUUUGUUUUUGAAGAGGAGGAGGUUUGACGAGGAAGAGGAAUCAUUCUGUUUCUUUUUUCUUUUCAUCCUCUUGGUAGAAAUCCUUUGGGAUGUGCUGGGCAUGUGGGUUUUACAGAUUGGUGGUGCUGAUGAGGGGUCAUUUGGAAGGAGGGGACAUUUUUUGUGUGUAAUGGGAGACAGAAUGGGGGGGUUGUAAGCUGUCGUUCUGGUGCUUAGGAUUGAAGGAGUCAUUGUGUAUGUGGUUUGGUGUUUGUAGCAUUUGGUAGACGGAACAGGACAGCAAGACCAGGUGUGUGCAUUUUUUGGGUUUUGAAGCUGCGGAGUUAGGUGCUGUAUCUGCUGUGUUGGUUUGCAUGGAUCUGGCUAGAUUCUAGGGGUUUGCUCGAUUGAGCGGUAGGAUGGGAAUGACGGAGAGGAAGCCGCCUAAGGAGCUUGUUCUGCUGCUGCUGCUUCUGAUUUCUCAUCCCUUCGCAAGAGUUCUCUCGAACCUAGAAGGUGAUGCUUUACAUACUCUACGGUCAAAUCUACAGGAUCCAAACAAUGUGCUGCAGAGCUGGGAUCCAACACUUGUAAAUCCAUGCACAUGGUUUCAUGUCACAUGCAACAACGAUAAUAGUGUCAUAAGGGUAGAUCUAGGAAAUGCAGCUUUGUCUGGACAAUUAGUUCCUCAACUUGGUCAACUUACAAAUCUCCAAUACUUGGAGCUCUAUAGCAACAAUUUAAGUGGUCCAAUACCUAGUGACCUUGGGAAUCUUUCAAGCCUUGUCAGCUUGGAUCUUUAUUUGAACAAAUUUACAGGACCUAUUCCCACCUCAUUGGGCAAGCUUACCAAACUAAGAUUCCUGCGGCUUAACAAUAACAGUCUCUCUGGAAGCAUUCCAAGUUCUUUAACAAAUGUUACUACGUUGCAAGUUCUGGAUCUUUCAAACAACAAUCUGUCAGGUGAAGUACCAUCAAAUGGGUCCUUCUCAUUGUUCACGCCUAUCAGUUUUGCAAACAAUCCUAACCUUUGUGGACCUGUCACGCAGAAGCCAUGCCCAGGAGCUCCUCCAUUCUCACCUCCACCUCCUUUAGUUGUUUCUCCAACUGUUAGCAACCCAGGUAAUAGUGCCUCAAGCACUGGGGCUAUUGCUGGAGGAGUUGCCGCAGGUGCUGCACUGUUGUUUGCUGCACCUGCAAUUGGGUUUGCCUGGUGGCGCCGUCGGAAGCCUCAAGAGCUGUUUUUUGAUGUACCAGCCGAGGAGGACCCUGAAGUUCAUCUGGGUCAGCUUAAGAGAUUUUCACUGCGGGAGCUACAAGUUGCUACUGAUGGGUUUAGCAAUAAAAACAUUUUGGGACGAGGUGGAUUUGGAAAGGUUUACAAGGGUCGCCUUGCAGAUGGGUCAUUAGUUGCUGUGAAGCGUCUGAAGGAAGAGCGUACUCCUGGAGGAGAGCUUCAGUUUCAGACUGAGGUGGAGAUGAUUAGCAUGGCUGUUCACAGAAACCUUCUUCGCUUGAGAGGCUUUUGCAUGACUCCAACUGAACGCUUGCUUGUUUACCCUUAUAUGGCAAAUGGAAGCGUUGCAUCAUGUUUAAGAGAGAGGCCACCGUCAACACCCCCACUUGAUUGGCCAACACGAAAGAGAAUUGCUCUGGGUUCUGCUAGAGGACUUUCUUACUUGCAUGAUCAUUGUGACCCGAAGAUCAUUCAUCGGGAUGUAAAGGCUGCAAAUAUUUUGUUGGAUGAGGAGUUUGAAGCUGUUGUUGGUGACUUUGGUUUGGCAAAACUUAUGGAUUACAAAGACACUCAUGUGACAACUGCUGUCCGAGGCACAAUUGGACACAUUGCACCUGAGUACUUGUCUACUGGAAAAUCAUCAGAGAAGACUGAUGUCUUUGGCUAUGGGAUUAUGCUGUUAGAGCUUAUUACCGGACAAAGGGCUUUUGAUCUUGCUCGCCUUGCCAAUGAUGAUGAUGUGAUGCUGUUGGACUGGGUGAAAGGACUUCUGAAGGAAAGGAGGUUGGAUAUGUUGGUCGAUCCAGACCUUCAGAGCAACUAUAUUGAGGCGGAAGUGGAACAGCUGAUCCAGGUGGCAUUGCUUUGCACCCAAGGCUCUCCAAUGGACAGACCUAAGAUGUCAGAGGUCGUGAGGAUGCUUGAAGGUGACGGACUUGCUGAGAGAUGGGAGGAGUGGCAGAAGGUGGAAGUAGGCAGAAGCCAAGAGGUGGAGUUGCUUCCACCCCGUAAUUCAGAGUGGCUUAUAGAUUCCACCGACAAUCUUCAUGCUGUAGAGUUAUCGGGUCCAAGAUGAGUUUCUCCGUUUUGCUUUCGCCGUCCUCAAUUCAACUCAUAAAGAAGGGAAUUCGUUUACAUCCUUACCCAGCUUCCUGCUUCUGUAUCUCAAUCUUGUAACAAGUAACGUUUACACAUUGUGCAUAUGAAUCUUUAAGCUUCUAUUUUUGUAUCA